AUGGAUUCCAUCAACAAGAUUGAGUACAAGCUCCGAGACCUGGGCACUCGCUCCGUCACUCUGUUCCCAACCCGAGCCCAAAUUCAGCGGGACAUUAAAAACGUCAAUCUCAAGACCGGCACAAACGAAAUUACCAUUUUUGGCCUUAGUCCUACUGUGGAUGAAGACUCAGUCAAGGUUGAAGGCGGCGCAGCCUUCACCAUCAGCGACGUCUCAGUAGAGUCGCUCCCCAACAGGGAAAUCUUCGAAGAGGUGUACCCUGAGUCAGACAGCGAUGAUUCAGAUAAUUCAGAUGACGACGACCUAGACGACAGACGGUGGAAAGAAGGGCCUGAGCUGAAAGAUGCCAAGGACAAGUUGACACGGCUAGAAGACACUCGCCGGCUGGCUGACGAGACUGUAGCCAGUGCAGAGAGCCGUCUCCGACUCCUCGAUGCCUAUGGCAAGACGUUGGAUAAGAAGCGUGGGGUUGUUAUCGAAGAGAGCCUGGAGACGUACAAGCAGCAACGAUCAAAGGCUUACGAAGACUACAUGACUGGUCUGAAGGAGCAGCGACAGGUGUCAGAAGAAAUUGAAGAUCAGCGAGAUCAAGUAUAUCAGCUACAAAAGGUGGACGAUAAAGCACGAGAGAAAGCCGACAAGGAAAAGGACAAGAUUCGCAAAGCCAGGGCCAAGGAUCUAUUUAAAAAGUCCAGACGCCAAGAGGAGCAGCGGAAAGAAAAGGACAGAGUGAGAAACGAGAGGGAGAAGUACUGGCCAAAGUAUUGCUAUGCUGUUCGGAUUACGCUUGAGACGGAUACCUUUACGCCGUUGAGUUCGAGGAGAACCUCUGUGUCUAGUGAGACGCGUGUGUCAAGGCCUGUGCCCGAAGAUGCAGCUGCUGAUGAGCCUGCCGAGGGAGCGAUUACACUGUGCGACUUGGUUCUGUCGUAUGUCACGUCGUCAGCGUCAUGGUCGCCCACGUACGAUUUGCAGCUUUCCACGACAACUGCCACGGGAACACUUAGUUUCGACGCGGAGCUGCACAACUCCACCUCGGAGACGUGGUCUAACUGCAAGGUUGUUUUGUCGACGUCUCAAGCGACUUUUGCAGGACUGGAUGAUGCCAUCCCGACGCUUAACCCGUGGUACAUGAGCCUUGUACAUGGUGCGCCGCCGUUUGGAUAUUCUCAGAGCCAUGAGCGCAUCGCUCGAAGUGGCGAUGAGGUUUUCAGCACCAACAAUUUCCUGGCCAAACAGAAGCAGUCCGGACCACAGAAGCCCCGGGGUGAGAUGUUUGGUAUCCCAAGUGAGGUACAGUCUCUUGCUAGCUUCCAGGCCGUAACAGCCAUGAAGAAGAAGAAGAGUUCGUGGACGGCUGAGGGCUACUCUUCCGUCCCUCUUCCACCACCACCACCUCGUCCUGCAGCUCCUGUAGCAUGCGCCGCACCUGCUCCACCACAAGCUCAACAGAGUGCUUCACUCUUUGGCGCAGCUGUCCCGGCCGCUCGAAGGGCAUCUGGCGGGCUAUUUGGCGGAGCUGGCAGCUCUGCUGGGGGAUUUGGUGCAGCAUCAUCUGCGGCUAGCGCCUUUGGUUCAGCUGCGCCUGGUGGUUCCAGAUCGAGAUCGAUAUCGAACGUGUUGGAACGAGGCGAAAAGUUGGAUACGCUGCGUGAUGAAGAUGAUCAUGAGGAUGGCGACGAGGAGUCUGAAUCGGCAGAGUCUAUCAUGGAAGAGACUGGUCUGACGUCCACGUACGAACUUCCUGGGUUCAAGACCCUCAUCCCCAAGUCAACUGCAACGAAGCAGCGCGUCGCCCAUGUCCACUUCGCAAACGUCGUGUACAGCCACACAAUUGUUGCCAAGUACAAGCCCGUGGCAUACCUCAAGGCCAAGUUCAAGAACACCAGCAAGAUGACGCUGUUCAAGGGACGCGCCGGGCUGACUCUUGACGGAAGCUUCAUGGGCAGGACUAGCCUCCCGCGCUGCAGCGCCGGCGAAACGUUUACUCUCAGCCUGGGAAUUGAUCCCGCCAUCAAGGUCACCUAUCCCAAGCCUGUUAUCCAGCGCGCCACAGCCGGCCUGUUCAGCAAGGAAAACACAGCAAUGUUCACCAGAGCCAUCACACUGCACAACACCCGGGCGUCCGCCGGCAAACCUACUUCCCUCCUGGUGCUCGAUCAAGUGCCAGUCUCGCAGGAUGAGAAGCUCAAAGUGGAAGUGCUCAACCCUCAGGGCUUGUCGUUGGGUGGCGGGGAAGUCAGAGCCGGGGCGCCAGGUUUGGAAGCCAAAGAUAAUAAGGAUUGGGGCAGCGCGAGGGCAAGUCUGAAGAAGGAUGGCGAGGUUAAUUGGGAUGUUAGCUUGAAUGCUGGCAAGGCUGUUCGACUGACGCUGGAAUAUGGAAUUGCCUUCCCAACAGGAACGUAUCCAUCGUGA